GAUCCAGACAGAGCUGCAGAAGAAACAAGGGGACAUUAUGAAGACCGUCUCAGUGGCAGAGAAUUCCAUUGGCAAGCUACAGAGCAACACUGCAUCCAUAGAGAGCUCGGUGGCAGGGGUACGUGCUGUGAUGGAGCAGCAGUUCUAUCUGCUGCAAGGGGCCGUAGAAGAGGCCAGGAGGAGGGCCACGGAGGUUCUGGAGGGGGAGCAGAGGCAGGCGCUCAGCCAGGCCGAGGGCAUCCAGGCCCACCUGGAGCAGAAGAGCCAAGAGCUGAAGAAGACCCUGGCCAGAGUGGAGAGACUCUUCAGGAACAAGAGGGACGUAGACUUCCUGCAGGAAUACUCUGAGUGGAAGACGGGGGCUGUGGAUGUCUGUCUGCCUGGGCUCUACGUCGGCCUCACAGAUCGCCUGGCCUCCUUCAGCUGCCUGCUCACUGAGUCCACCCAGGAACUGUGUGACCAGCUCAAGGCUACCUACAGGGACAAACUGAAGGACAUCUGCAGGACUGAGAAACUGGGCAUUACAACCAUGGUCCAUCCCAAGAUGUCAAAGUCUUUUUCACUGCCUGAGCCUGAGAUGCGAGACGACUUCCUCACGUAUGCCAGCAGUCUGACCUUUGACCCAGACACUGUCCACAAGUUCCUGAGACUAACCGAAGACGACAGGAAGGUGACCAACACCACGCCCUGGCAGCACAGCUACCCAGACACGCCCGAACGCUUCGAGUACUGGCGCCAGGUGAUGACCUCAGAGAGCCUCUACCUGGGCCGACACUACUUUGAGGCAGAGCUGAGUGGGGAGGGCAUGCACGUGGGACUCACCUACAAGAGCAUCGACCGGAAAGGCGUGGAGAGAGGCAGCUGCAUCACAGGAAAUGACUUCUCGUGGAGCCUCGGAAGGGAGGGGCGGAGCUUUUCCACUUGGCAUGCUGAUAUGGAGGCGGUCGUGGAAGCCACAAGUGUGUUCACGAGAAUCGGCGUCUACAUCGACUUUGACUCAGGCUCAUUAGCUUUCUAUGGUGUGACUGACAUCGCUAUGACACUCCUCUACAGGUACAAGGCUGAGUUCAUGGAGCCCUUGUAUCCUACUGUCUGGCUCUCAAAGAAGGACAGUGUGGUUUUAUUGGUUGGUCCUAAGGACCCCCACUAA